AUGCAAAUGAUAGAGGAACGGAUGGACUUUAUGAUGAAUGCACUUAAAGGACAGGUGUCUAGUGACCUCGAUGACUUGGUUCAUAAAACUAAUUCAUCAUUUACAGUGUCCGUCACUACAUUCCCCCUUCUACCAAAGUUUCGCAUGCCGCAGGUGGAAAAUUAUGACAAAUCCAAAGACCCCUUAGAUCACUUGGAGUCUUUCAAAACCCUAAUGCACCUUCAAGGGGUGCUAGACGAGAUCAUGUGCAAAGCCUUCCCCACCACGUUGAAGGGAUCUGCUAGGAUCUGGUUCUGCAGGCUGUCACCCAAUUCCAUUGGUACCUUCAAGGAGUUAAGUGCACAGUUUGCCUCACACUUCAUCGGGGGGCACAGGUAUAAGAAGUCCACUACAUGCUUGAUGAACAUUAAGCAGAGGGAGGACGAGACGCUGAGGUCCUACAUCACCCGCUUUAACAAAGAGGCUCUCUCGAUCAAUGAAGCAGACGACAAGAUACUCGUAGCUACCUUCACGAAUGGACUACGGAAGGGUAAGUUCUUGUUUUCCCUAUACAAGAACGACCCAAAAACUAUGUCAGAUGUGUUGUAUAGGGCCACCAAGUACAUGAACAUAGAAGAUGCGUUGUUGACCCGAGAAGAAAAGCCGAGGAAGAGGGAAAGACAAAAGGACGUAUGGCAGGACAGGGGGCAGAAGAUGGCUAGGACCAGAGAAUGGCGAGAAGACAGGAGUUCCAAGUCCCCCACGGGAAAGUUUGCGAGUUUCACUCCACUGACUGUCCCUAUCGACCAAGUCCUGAUGCAGAUUAAGGACGAAGGAGCCCUGACCUUCCCCGGCAAACUGAAGGGAGAUCCAAAUAAGAGGUCUAGAGAUAAGUAUUGCUGCUUCCACUGUGAUCACGGCUAUGAUACAACUGACUAUUACGACCUAAAGCAACAAAUUGAAGCCCUUAUUAGACAAGGAAAGCUGCAGAGUUUCGUCAGCAAGGAGAGGACGAACCCACCUCAGGAGCAGGCUUCCCGAUGA